GGUGGCGUUUCCGGAAGCCCGCCAUUGCAGACAUGGCGGCGUCCCUGGGAGGGAUGUUUACCGGUCAGCCUCCAGGCCCUCCGCCGCCGCCGCCCGGGCUCCCAGGCCAGGCAUCGCUUCUGCAAGCAGCCCCUGGGGCCUCGAGACCAUCUAACAGCACUCUGGUGGACGAGUUGGAGUCGUCAUUCGAGGCUUGCUUUGCUUCCCUGGUGAGUCAGGAUUAUGUUAAUGGGACUGAUCAGGAAGAAAUUCGAACUGGUGUUGAUCAGUGUAUCCAGAAGUUUUUGGACAUUGCAAGACAGACAGAAUGUUUUUUCCUACAAAAAAGGCUGCAGUUGUCUGUCCAGAAACCAGAUCAAGUUAUCAAAGAGGAUGUCUCAGAACUAAGGAGUGAACUGCAGCGGAAAGACGCGCUGGUCCAGAAGCACUUGACAAAGCUGAGGCAUUGGCAGCAGGUGCUGGAGGACAUCAACGUGCAGCACAAGAAGCCAGCUGACAUGCCUCAGGGAUCCUUGGCCUACCUCGAGCAGGCAUCUGCCAACAUUCCUGCACCUCUGAAGCAGACCUGAGCACUCUGGCCUGUGGUGCAGCCUUGCAGUCUUGCCAGACAUCUUUUCUACCGACCUAGCAUGUUGGGAGGACUCUGUUGGAUAAUGAGCUGGUGUUAGUUUAUGUCCCUAUUUAUAAGGUAGGGUUUCAGUAUGAAGCCUGGACCAGCCUUUAACCUCUGAUCCCCUGCCUCAGUUCCUCUAGUACUCUAAAUUCCUGAAUACUUUAUAAAAUGUCUGUAUCUUUGGUAAAGAUGGGUUUUGUUUUUUGUUUUAGACUGUUAGGAUCAUCACAUACAUUCUUACUUGGCCUUUGCCAUUUGUUAUGACAACAUUUUGUGACUUCAUCUCCCUUUUUUUCUUAAGCUUUGAAUUUGGUGAAAAACCUGAAGGAAAAAAGUGUUUAAUAGUUUGAGAAGCUAGGGGAUAUGGAGUUUGGCUCUCAGCCUUAAUAAUGACUAGUGGGAGUGGAGACACAUGCAAAUGUGCUGUUCCAGAACUGUGUGCUGCCUCCUGAGGAAUCUGGCCUGCGGUGUGGUGCUUCCGGUGUGGUGCUUCCGGGUGGCACAAGGCGUGUGCAUUUCACAGGUCCCUGAAGUUUCAGAAUGCCCCUUGGCUGCAUCCCAGGCACAGUGUUUUGUUUUGUUUUGUUUUGUUUUUAACUUUGCCGACUUUCUUAAAUUCUAUAUAUGCUUUGUGAAUUGUGACUAUGUUGCUAUGUUGUAUGCCAGUUAGAAAAUUCCUUGAUUAUGUAAGAUCUUGACUAUUUUCAUGUGUAUGCUUGAUUGUAUGAUAUUUAGUGCCCAGACCAAUUAAAACCAGCCUGAGGCCAUCUAGUCCCCUUAAUUAGAAUAUGUAAAUUAAACAGUGUUGAAAAAUUUAGGCUGGCAUGUUGGCAUGCUUGUAAUCCAGCAUUUGGGAAGUAGAAGAAGGAGGCUCAAAGUUUAAUCUCAUCUUCAGCUGCAUAGCAAGUUUGAAACUGUUGUAGGUUACAUGAGAUCUGCCCCAUCUACCCUCAACCUCCAGAUAAAAAAAAAAAACCCAACCAAACAAAAAACCUAAAACCUGUGCAUUUUCUGAAGUACUGAUGGGCAGCUUGGCCGUUUUUGGAUCUCUUAACUAAAACCUAAAUAAACUGGUUACAUUUUG